AGUAGUCACUACUCAUGUAACGAGUACGUUUUAGUACGGCCGACGGCUGCUGGAAAACAAAAAUCGCAUAAUUUUUUUAGUUUUACGGCAAUUGCUAUUAAUACUGCAUAAUUUUAUACAUAAAAACUGAUGACUACAAUGGGAGCAUAAAUCUGAAGGCUAUAGACGUCCCAUUUAAACAAUUUUGGCUGCGGGGUUUUUUAACUAUAUGUUUUUAAACUGCUGGUCCAUCAAAGUAAUCACCACAUUUUUCGAUAGACGUCUGUUAAAACCAUUGAAGGGUGUGAAUAGCAAUUCCGAAACAUGCCGAAACCAAGUUCCGUAACAUCUGCUUCGAAUGCAGUAAAUUCGAAUAAACAGAACAACAACCAUUCAAAUGUCGAUAACCAGGAUUCAACAUCAUCGGGUAAUUCCUCAGCAUCAGUGCACAGUCAUGCACUGUCGAAAUAUCAGGGUCAAAAAUGGCAGCAGAUGUUCGAUGUUGAAAAGGUACUCAAGCAAAUUCGCAUGGCUGAGAAAAUCCACAUUAAAGGCAAAGGUGGCGGCUCGAGUGGAAACGACAAUUCACACAAAAGUUCCAAUAGCAGUAACAAUUCUCCGCCCAACAAGUCAAGAAAAAAUCAAAUAAGACAGGUUCAAAGACUGAAUGGCACCGACAUGCAUUACUAUGGCAUUGUACCGAAGCAAACGGCAUUAGAUGUGGUGGUAUGUAGUGUUUGUAUGGGCAUAUACACAAAGAUGGGCUUUAACAAUCACAUGAUGUUGCAACACCCUUCGGUUUGGACCAGCGUGUCGUCCAAAGUUACACCACCGGUAAACGACACAACUUUGGGUACAAAUGACAACAGCCAAGACAGUUUAAAAGGGAGUGAAACGGCACCAAACGCGGCGACGGUCAGCGCUCAAAGCGAGGUAAUGGGAUCGCCAUCGGAUUUGUCUGGGACAAUCUCGACAUGCUCAAAUGCCUCGUCCAGUUCAACAUCCACGGUAUCAUCGGCUGCUCCUGCUGUCAAUUAUGUUGCUCCCAUGACGACAACUACUAGCUCCCGCCAGAAAAGUAGUUCAAAAGCUGGGAGUAGCUCGGGGAGUAGCAGCAGCAGUCGUUCCCGCAGCAAAAGCAAACAUCAUAGCUCUUCCACCGCCACAGCAUCCGCGUCGUCUAAUACCAAUGCGGAAGUGUCGCAUACUUCAGCAACAGCAGGAACGGCCGCGGCCUCUACAACAUCCAGUAAAAAGAACUCCUCUAAAAAGAGCUCUUCCAGUUCAUCGACUUCAAACGCAAACAGUUCCUCAACAGCAGCAACUACAAAUGGUAGUGGAGUUGCCAGUAACAACACCAGUACAAAUACCAACACAUCAUUGGCCACAAAGGAAACUACGGAAGCAAAAUUGGUAGCUGGCGGAACGACAACUGCUGCAGCCGCCACCAUAACCACGACAUCAUUAACAUCGUCGUCAAUAACAACGGCAGUGCCAUCAGUGGCAACAGCCACCACGACAUCAACUACAAAUACAACCACUAGCGUAUUGGAUGUCCCACAAACAACUACUACGACCGCAACCAAUGCCAAUCUAUUCGGUUCAUCAUCAUCAUCGUCGUCAUCUUCUUCCUCUUCAUCGUCGUCGUCAUCAUCUUCUUCGUCCUCAUCCAACUCAUCGUACUCCUUGCCCCCGACACCAAAAAUGGUGGUCAACAUCACUCCACAGGACUCGCAUCAAAUUGCCAACCUAACUACAAUUGCGGAAACCACAUAUUCUCCAAACGUUCUCGAUAACAAGGAAAAAUUAAGUUUAUCCACAAGUGGAGACAGUAUGACUUCAAGCAAGAAAAAGAUUAAAAGUCCUGCUGCAACUUUUUGUAUUCCGGACAAUGUUGAUGCUGUAAAAACUGAAACAGCGGAAAUGCUGUCAUUAAGAAUGGUGGCACAACAACCAAUAAAUCAAUAUGAUGCCCAAAUAAGUGAACUUGAUCAAGCUGUUUCUUCAAUCACCGGUGGUCCUUCCAAUAGCAAUGAAAACAAACUUGAUUCUACAACCAAUGUUGUCAGUACCAGUACCCCAUCAUCAAUGGGUAUUAAAAUGGAACAAUCUGAGUGUCCAAUUCUCGCUGGAACACAACAAAACAUCCAGCAGCAGCAUCAGCAACAUCAACUCCAUACCGAAGAUGCUCAAAUGGUUCAUAAUACAUCCGAUGACAGUGCUAUGUUGAAUCAUGUUUUGGAUGUUAUGCUCGAUAGCAAAUUGAUAAAUGAGAUCUUAAAUGCAGAAACAGAAUUGAAUUUCGAUGAAAAUGUUCUAAAUGAGAGCUCUUCGACAGGUCAACACAAUACAAAUCAACAGCUUCAGCAGCAACAAGCCGUUUACAUGGAACAGCCAUUAAAUAAACGCAUGCGCUUCGAUGAGUCAGCAACCAUGGGGCGUCUUCAACAACAACUUACAGCUGGAAAUCAUGAAAUAACUGGCGAAUUUACGGUUUUUCCCCAACAGCAACAAACUCAACAACAGCAGACCAACCACCAACCACAAGCCCAGUAUGCGCAAUAUGAUGGCUCAACGAUGUCUGGUAGUUUAAGCAUGGAUGGGGGGCAAUAUCAAACUCCCAUCGAUGCUAUGCAAUUACAACAACUGAUAUACCAACAACAGCAGCAACAGCAGCAAACUAUAGAUGCUUCUGCUUAUGUUGGUGGCAAUUUAAGCCUGGGCAAUCAUCAUCAGCAACAGCAACCGCAACAUCAACAGAUUUAUGAUCCGAACGGAGCCACCAUCGUGGAUACAAAACAAAUUUUGGAAUUAUGCGGCGGUGCUGUUGGAGUCCAACCAAACAGUAAUGAAUUGAUAAAAGCAGAAGAAUUCGUAACAUUACCUGAGGAUGUCUCACAUCAAUUUCAAAUUUUCAAUGUUCCCUCGUUGACUGAUGACAUUGAACCUGAGCCCCAGCCUCAUCAGCAACAAGUAACACACCACAUUGUGGAGCGUCAGUAUGUAAUGCCGGGCCAUGAAGAAACCGAAGAACAAUUAAUCUAUGAAAUCACUACCAAUAAUUCCUCUAUGACCACCAUGAGUCAACAACAUCAGCAACAGGUUUUAGCUGAGUUUCUAAAUCAGGCUGCCUCAUCGUACGAACAACAACAACAUCAACAAUUACAACCGGUUUCACAUCAUCAACAUCAGCAGCAGCAGCAGUCAGAACAACAGCAUUUUGUAGGGGAUAACACACAUAAAUUGGAUAACUUUUAUGAUGAACUUUUAGAUUUCGACUACAGCUUGAUAGAGACUGUGAAAUCGCUUAGUUCAUCUAACAGCAGUGGCAGUAGCAGCAGCAGUAGUAGUAGCACCAGUUCAAAUAGCGGCAACAACGCCAAUGCUCUGGUUAAAUGUGAGCGUGAUCAUUCUUUAAAUUCCUCGUCGUCCUCCUCAUCGUCGACGUUUAAAUACCAUGAAGACUUUUAUUUCAAUGUGUUCUUUUAUGCAGGCAUUCCUCGGCCGCUUGCCAUUAAUUGCUUUGGUCUGAUAAAACUACCUCAAGGGGUGGCCACCACUUUUCGUAAACAUUUACUCACCACACGUAAAGCCAACAAUAGUCUGAUGUCUUUGGGUGGUGGCUCCCUAAAUGGUGUGGUAGGACAAAGUUCCUCGGCAUCUGCAGCUGGAGCUGUAAGCAGUCGUUUUAGUAAUUCCAAACAAUUGCCCAGUUAUUUUACCAACCUAGCCAAUAACGGCGGCAACAACAACUCGAGUAUGGGUAACGAAUUCUCUAUAGGCAGUAUAACCAUAACCAACACACCGUCUAAUGUACAGCAGCAGCAGGGAUGCAACAAUGGGUCGCAGCAGCAAAACAAGCAAAACAGUAGUGGCAGUGGUACAACGAAUCCUCUAGAAAUCAAUCUCAACAAUAUAAAUGGUGGAAUCUCGGCCACGUCGCCAGUAUCUACACAACCUAGGGGUCGCACCAAGUCAGGGGGAUCUAACCAUAGUGCUGGGUCAUAUAACAGUACAUCAUCGAACAAUCUCAAACAUAAUAAAUCGUUAGGCGGCAUAGGUAAUUCGACAAAUUCUGCUCGUGUCACAGUUGGUACCAUAGGGUCCUAUGGCAAUGCUAAAACCAUAUUUGUUAGUAGUGCAGCUGCUUUAAGUGCUGAAAGAAAUAAAUUUAUUAAACGUAGUCUUAUAGCCAAGGUACAUCAUGAUCCAACACGAGCAUCGGCUCAGUCGACUCAUGCUCAGCAACAGUUUACAAGUAAAAAGUUGAGUGAUUUGUUAAGUGGCAAAAAGCCAAGUACGAAUGCUAACAACAGCGAUGUUGUCAAUGCGUCUGGUCAAGAGAUCAGUUCAGAAAUGGCUGCAGAAAAACAAGCAAAACUGAAUCGUGUCAAUCGUUUUUACGAAAAGCGUCGCAAAUUGUUGAGUAUGACUCAACAGCACCAAAACCACAGACACGCACCGUAUCAAAACACCCAAGUAUUAAGACGGCAACAAUUGGAACAGCAAUUGCAGCCUCAACAACAGCAGCAUAAAUUAUUAAAACAGCAAUUAAUGCGCAGUUUUUCAGAUUGUGGCAUUAAUUCAACAUCGAAUACCAACGUUGCAUCUGCAGAUUCAAAUGUUAUGCGUGUUUUUGUCUGAGCUCUCUUAUACUCUCUCUUAUUAGCUCUUAUUGGCUUUUCACUAUUUCCAAAUAAUAUGAAGUAACAACUGAAGAGUUGUCAUGAUUUCAAAUCGAUUGCUCUCUCGCUCUUUCUCUUCAUCUUAACUACAACAAAGGAAAAACAAAUAUUUAUCUCCACAAAUCGUAUUCACCGUUAGUGAAUUGUCUCAACCUUAUUAUAUUUUCCAAUUAUAUUUCCUCUAUACUCUAAACACAUCUUCUGUACUUCCCUUUCCUUCCGUCUUUAACUGCUAACAUUUGCAAAUUUGAAAAGAAUUACUUUUAUUUCGCUUUUACAAUCUUUAUUCCAAAACCUCUACAAAUUUAGUUUGUAAUUGUAAUUUUAAAAAACCUUGAAAUAUUUAAGUUAGAUUUUAUUUAAAACAUUAUUAUAUCUCUCCUCUAUCUGCUACCUACAUACUACAUAGUUAAUAUAGUGGUAAAACAAAAAAUGUUUUAGUUUUUAUUUUUUUUUCACUGUUUAUUUUUUAAUAUUGAAUACACUGUAUACUAUAAGAUUAUGAUUAUUCUUCUUCAAAUUCAUUUAUAUUCAGAAAUUAUGUACGCUUCCUUUCUCGUAUGAUUUUCAUCGAGUAGGUAACAAACAACCAACCAACCAUUCGCACUAUUCAAUAACAUUUGUAUUAUAUAAUUCAUUUUCAUAUAUCUAAAUGGCAUAUGCUUUUUUAUAUUAAAUCAUUAUUCGUGUAGUUUACUUUAAGUUCUCCUAUUUUAAUUUUUCAAUAAUUAUCAUUGUCAUCAAUACAUACAACAUACAUACAUAUUACAAUUAUUACUUUGUGAGUAUCAAUGAUUAUUUUAUGAUCAAAGAUCUACUAUAUGCUAUAUUAAUUUAUAUUAUAUAUAUUUAAACAGAAAAGCAAAAAAUAAUAAUAAAAAUAAAACGAACAACUUUAUUAUUUUA